AUGAAGGUCCCAUCUACUUUGUUGUUACUUACUGGAGCUUCGGUCCUGGUUCGUGGAUUGAACAUUGGCAAGAGAGGCGAAAGCGCGCUUCUUGUGGUCCGUCAGGCUGCACCAUGUGUUGAGAUCGAAGGUCCCGACAAUUGCCCUGAUGAUGGGCCGGAUAGAGACGGCGAUGUUCCUCCACCUCGAGAUUACGGGCCAGACGACGGUCCCAAUAGAGACGAUGUUCCUCCACCUCGAGAUGACGGGCCAGAAGACGGACCCAAAGGCGGACCCAAAGGCGGACCCAAAGGCGGCUCUGGUCCCAAGAACGGUCCAGGUCCCAAAGGCGGACCAGGACCUAAAGAUGGCCCGAAAGACGGUCCUCAACCCCUUGAUGACGGACGUCCUCGUACAGAUGGCUCUGCAGUGCCUCCACAUUGCGGCUCAAACCCACCACCGCAGCGUGAGGGUGAUCCUCCACCACCUGCCUGCACCGAAGAGUACCGCAACGGUACCGAUACUUACAGAGACUGGGACGACGACGAUAACGAUCGCGACCGGGACGGACCUGGCGCAGGAGGUCGUGAUGGCGACCUCGACUACGACGGAGUUCCCAACUGGGAAGACACGACCGAUGACCGACCCCUACGUGCAGACGGGACGCCGCUUCCCCCUCACUGCUGGGACAACCCACCUCCACUGCGUGAGGGAGAGACAACACGUCCUGUCUGCACUGAUGAAGACCGUAAUGGUCCAUCUGGGACGUCCACAGGGUCAGUACUCACCAAUACAAAUGGCAACACCAAUACCAAGUCGGACAUCAAUCCUUCUGGAGACACAGUCGGAGCAACUGAUAGCUACCGUCUGGAUAGCUCCGUUCGUCAAGUCGACCGGAAUGCAGGCGGUCGCAAUUCAAUCCCGGUCCUCAGUGGAGUGGCUGGGCUUGCUGUUGCCUUGGCAGCUUUCUUGUAG